GUUCCAAACCGCAGUGGGCAAAAACAGCACCCUCAUUCCUUCUAAGAGAAGAAAAAGAAGAACACCAAAAAGAUGUCAUUGAACCUUAUUACUCGUUCCCCAGGUCGGUUACCAUCCCAACAAAUCAGAAAAACAAAGUCUCAAAUUCCAGUUUGGCUUCAAAUGGACGACCAAAGAUCGACAGAUCUGCUACAUCUAAAGUACAACAUAGUCUAUCUCAUCCAAUGAAAGAUCGUGAAGAAUUCAGGAGAUCACUUGUUAAUAUCAUUAUGCAAAAAGAUAUUGCUACUAUCCAGAGUUUCCAGCCUGACCACAAUCAUAUAGAAACAACUGCAAGUGCUGCUCUGGAAAAAGAUAUAUUAAGAUAUAAUUAUUACAUAUCCCAUGGAAUUGACACAGAACAUGUGGCUCCGAUGGAACAGUUAUGGCUGGAUAAUGUUUUGAAGAAGGUUCCUGAACAUCUCACCGUUUACUCAGAGAAAAUUGAUGAACUUUCAGAUGAAAUGAAAGAGGAUUAUCUUUACAGUGUUAAGAAAGCCAUUGUUGAUUUUGUUUUAAAAGAUCCAAGAGAAAAAGACAAGGAUAAGAAAACAGAUCCUCUGCCGUACAGAAUCGAGUUAGAAAUAGUGCCAAAACCUUGGAAGAAAACGUUCUGGUUGAAUCAUAGCUUUAUGCAGGAUAAUUUGAACUCCAUAAAUCCUACAAUGGCUGCUAUUUUAGACUUGUGGCAUUCAUCAUUUGGGCAAUUACGUCUUGUUGAUACUGAUGAAUUUCACAACCGUCAAGAGUCAAUGGAACUAUCUGUCUUUCAAAGUCUUGUUAUGAGACACAUCGAUUUUGCCAAAGAAAAACUUUUAAAAAUAUGGAAUCAAGAAAUUCAAAAUAUAUUUUAUCAAGGAAUUAAGCGAAAGCAGCUUCCCAGCAACAAAAACUACAAAAAGCUUACAUCAUUUUUCAACUGUGCUGCAACAUUAAUGACUGAACAGCUUCAAAGUCUUGCCCUUGUCUCCAUGCAAGAUUACACAGAUCUGAUUAUACAGCCACUUGACUCAGUUCGUGCCUUUGAACAUCCAGGUUUUAUAAUGCGGCUGAUCUUGGACAAUAUGUCCAUAAAGUUUGAACCAAACUUUAAUGAUUUUGAAAUUGUAUUGCUGAAUGUUUAUGAUAUAAUGAUUAAAGCAGUGAAUCUAGUGCCAAGGGUGGAAUCCACGCUCUUUUCUGAAUGGGAUCAACAGACCAAACCAACCCUCAAGCCAAUAAUCCUAGAAGAAAUUUUAGAAGAACACAAGACAAGAGUGAGACAGUUUAUAGCCUCUGAGAGUUUCUUACCUAAAGAGCAUUUAAAACUGUAUGAUAAAUACAGCUUCUUGAUAAGCAAGCAGGCUGAUCUGGACGUGGACCAGUUUUUGUCAGAGAACCAUACAUUUGAAGAGAUCAUGAGAGAAGUUGUGAAAUAUGAGAAAAUCACAGAUGAAAUACAAUACACAUCUAGAAAGUUCAUUCGCUUAGGAAUGUUCGAACUCCACUGUGAUGAAUUGAUUAGGGCUUUAGCAAAACGCUCAGAGACUAUUUGUGGAAAACUGAUAGCGAAAAUGUUCAAAGAUCACCAGGAGGCCAAUAAGAAGUUGUGUGGUGAAUUUGAGACUAUAGCAGAAAAGGCCCUGAGCACACCUUCAAAUACACAAGACCUUAUGGAGCUAAAGGCAUACAUCCAAAAGGUUGAAGCCCAAGAUAUGAUGGAUCUUGAACGCAAGCUUUUCGAAGCUAAGAAUCACCUAAUUUUCCUGAUAGAUUAUGCAGUGUUUUCGCCUGCGGAUAUACGCAUGAAUAACAGCACAUUUCAGUGGCAUGACCGGAUGGCAGAGAUUUUUGAGGAACACAGGAAGAUCAUAUGUGAAAAGACUGUGCAGUUCCAAGAAGGACUGAAGCUUCAUUGUGAGAGGUUUGUUGAAGAAUUGGAUACUUAUGCCAAGCAGAAGGAAGAAUUUGAGUCAUAUGGUGACAUACAGGAGGUGAACAAAUAUCUCAAAAAAGCACAAGCACUCAAUUCAAAAUUGGACCUUGCUGUUGAAAAGAUUGAUCAACUGAAUGCAGAGGAAGAAGCAUUUGGUUGGGCUGCCACCCAGUAUCCUCAACGGAAAAAAGUUCAAGAAUCUAUAAGUCCAUUCUUUCGGCUAUAUGAAAUAAUUGUUGAGUUCAACACAAAGUACAAAAACUGGAUGGAAGGACCUUAUUCUGCAGUGAAUCCUGAUCUUGUUGAGCAAGAUGUAGGAAACUACUGGAGAGCACUAUAUAAACUGGAAAAGAGUUUUCGUGACAUUCCAAAUCCUCUUUCCUUGACAUCUAAGAUUAAAACUAAAGUGGAAGAAUUUAAAGAGUACAUACCUCUGAUUCAAGUAGUUUGCAACCCAGGGCUACGUGACAGACAUUGGGAAGCUUUGUCAGAUAUUGUAGGCCAUACCAUAAAACCACAAAAUGACACUAAUGUCUCUACAUUCAUAGACAUGAACCUCCAGCCUUUUCUGGACAAAUUUGAAGCAGUUAGUGAGUCAGCAAGCAAGGAGUAUUCACUUGAAAAAGCAAUGGAGAAAAUGGUUUCUGAGUGGGAUAAGAUGGAAUUUAUUCUCCUUCCUUACAGAGAAACCGGAACUUACAUCCUUUCAUCUGUAGAUGAAAUUCAAAUGCUGCUGGAUGAUCACAUUGUGAAAACACAGACUAUGAGAGGAUCUCCAUUUAUUAAGGCUUUUGAAACGGAAAUAAGAGAAUGGGAGAAUAAGCUUCUGUUGCUACAAGAAAUUCUAGAUGAGUGGUUAAAAGUUCAAGCUACCUGGUUGUACCUGGAACCCAUUUUCAGUUCUCCAGAUAUUAUGGCUCAAAUGCCUGAAGAAGGCAGGCGGUUUACUACAGUGGAUAAGACAUGGAGGGACUUGAUGAAACAAGUAUUGCUGGACAAACAUGUUCUUGCUGUGGUGUCAAUAGACAAAAUGCUGGACAAACUGAAAAAGUCUAAUGAGUUUUUGGAGCUUAUUCUUAAAGGACUAAAUGAUUACUUGGAAAAGAAGCGGCUGUUCUUCCCUCGAUUCUUCUUCCUAUCUAAUGAUGAACUUCUUGAGAUUCUCUCCGAGACAAAGGACCCUACCAGAGUGCAACCCCAUUUAAAGAAAUGCUUUGAAGGAAUUGCUAAAGUGGAAUUUACAGAUGUUCUGGAUAUCACACACAUGAAAAGCAGUGAAGGAGAGGUGGUGCAACUGAUAGAUACAAUCUCUACAUCUAAAGCCAGAGGCCAGGUGGAAAAGUGGUUGUUGGAGCUGGAAGGCGCAAUGAUUAAUUCGAUUCACAAAGUCAUUGCUGAAGCAAUUGAAGCCUACCCAAAAACAGAGCGUAUAAACUGGGUGCGAGAAUGGCCUGGCCAAACUGUGCUUUGUGUAUCUCAAUGUUAUUGGACAAAAGAAGUUCAAGUUGCCAUAAGAAACGGUGUAAAGGCACUAGAGCAAUACCUUGAGCUGAAUAAUAAACAGAUUGAUGACAUUGUUGCUUUGGUGCGUGGGAAACUGUCAGCGCAAAACCGAGUGACACUUGGAGCACUUGUCGUACUAGAUGUCCAUGCAAGAGAUGUUCUUACAGCUCUGGUUAAAAAACAAGUCAAUGAUGAAAAUGACUUUGAAUGGCUAAGCCAACUUAGAUAUUACUGGGAGGAGGGCCACCUUCAAACAAAGAUGAUUAAUGCAGGCUUAAAAUAUGGAUAUGAAUAUCUUGGAAACAGCCCUAGAUUGGUAAUAACACCUCUGACAGACAGAUGCUAUAGAACUUUAUUUGGAGCUCUUAACCUUCAUCUGGGAGGGGCUCCUGAAGGUCCAGCUGGAACUGGAAAAACUGAAACUACUAAAGACUUGGCUAAGGCAGUGGCUAAGCAGUGUGUUGUUUUCAAUUGUUCUGAUGGAUUGGAUUACCUGGCUUUAGGAAAAUUCUUUAAGGGCUUACUUUCAUGUGGAGCUUGGGCCUGUUUUGAUGAGUUUAACAGAAUUGACUUAGAGGUGCUCUCUGUGGUUGCUCAGCAAAUUCUCACCAUCCAAAGAGGUAUCAGCACAGGAUCUAAUCUGUUAAUGUUUGAGGGUACAGAACUAAAACUGGACCCCACAUGUGCAGUCUUUAUUACAAUGAAUCCUGGAUAUGCUGGACGUUCCGAGCUACCAGACAAUCUUAAGGCUCUUUUUAGAACAGUAGCUAUGAUGGUGCCGGACUAUGCCAUGAUAGCCGAAAUAGUAUUAUAUUCCUGUGGGUUUGUUAAAGCUCGACCUUUGUCUGUUAAGAUUGUAGCAACAUAUCGACUUUGUUCAGAACAGUUAUCCUCCCAACAUCAUUAUGACUAUGGAAUGAGAGCAGUGAAAUCAGUGCUGACUGCGGCAGGCAACCUGAAGCUCAAAUAUCCAAAUGAAGAUGAAGAAAUUUUGCUGCUCAGAUCUAUUAUUGACGUAAACCUACCUAAAUUCUUGUCCCACGAUUUACCACUUUUUGAGGGUAUCACUUCAGAUCUGUUUCCUGGAGUUAAAUUGCCAAAACCAGAUUACAAAAUUUACCUGGAUGCAAUUCAAGAAAAUUGUAAACUCAUGAAUUUGCAGAUGACCAGUUUCUUUUCAGAGAAGAUUUUGCAGAUCUAUGAAAUGAUGAUUGUGCGCCAUGGUUUUAUGAUAGUUGGAGAACCUUUUGGCGGUAAAACAUCAGCAUAUCGGGUUUUGGCAGCUGCUUUGAAUGACAUAUGUGAAAAGGGACUUGCAGUAGAGAACAGGGUACAGAUUACAGUACUUAAUCCAAAGUCUAUAACCAUGGGUCAGCUCUAUGGACAGUUUGAUCCAGUUUCUCAUGAAUGGUCAGAUGGAAUCUUGGCUGUCAGUUUUAGGGCAUUUGCUUCUUCACAAACCCUGGACAGAAAAUGGCUCAUUUUUGAUGGCCCAGUAGAUGCAGUUUGGAUUGAAAAUAUGAACACUGUAUUGGAUGAUAACAAGAAGUUGUGUUUGAUGAGUGGAGAAAUUAUCCAAAUGUCUAAUCAGAUGAGUUUGAUAUUUGAACCGAUGGAUUUAGAAGUUGCUUCUCCUGCAACUGUAUCUAGAUGUGGAAUGAUUUACAUGGAACCUCAUAUGUUAGGAUGGAGACCAGUUAUGGUAUCUUGGCUCAACAUACUUCCCCCUGGACUGAACAAAAUGCAUAAAAGUUAUAUUGAGGGAAUGUUUGACCGAAUGGUCCCUCCCUGUCUACAAAUGAUCAGAAAAUGUGCCAAGGAACUGUCUCCAACCUCUGAUACAAAUUUAGUUCGUUCCUUAAUGAAUCUCAUUGACUGCAUGUUGGAUGAGUUUGCAGAUGAAUCAUUAACACUGACCAUGGAUGAAAGAGAAAUUUGCUCAUGGUUAGAGGGUAUAUUUGUGUUUUCUUUGAUUUGGUCAGUCGGAGGAAGCUGCAAAGAAGAUGACCGAUUGAAGUUUGAUAAACUUUUGCGUGAAAUCAUGGAAGGACCACUCAGUGAAGAAACAAGAACACGAUUUAAAAUUCUGCAUCCUGUAGAUCCACCUGAAAAGCAAUUUACUGUCCCGUUGCCCAAGGAAUACACCGUUUAUGACUAUCACUUUGUGAAAGAAGGUGUUGGAAGAUGGGAGUUAUGGACAGAAGCACUUAGUUCAGCACCGCCUAUUCCUCGUGAUAUGAUGUUUAAUGAAAUCAUUGUACCAACUGCUGAUACAAUCAGGUACACAUUUUUAAUGAGUUUGCUGACAACACAUCAAAAGCCAUCAGUGUUUGUGGGACCAACUGGAACUGGAAAAAGCGUCUACAUCAUUGAUUUUCUAUUAAAUAAUCUGGACAAAGAAACCUUCAAACCUUUAUUGAUCAACUUCUCAGCACAGACAACAGCAGCUCAAACUCAAAAUAUCAUUAUGUCUAAACUGGACAAAAGGAGGAAAGGAGUUUUUGGUCCUCCCCUAGGAAAGAAAACGGUUGUAUUUGUAGAUGACAUUAACAUGCCUGCACGAGAAGUGUAUGGAGCGCAGCCUCCAGUAGAAUUGCUUCGACAAUGGUUAGAUCAUUGGAACUGGUACGAUCUUAAGGACUGUUCUAUGAUUAAACUGGUUGAUAUACAGAUUAUGUGCGCUAUGGGACCAGCAGGUGGAGGAAGAAACCCAGUUACACCACGUUUUUUACGCCAUUUCAACACUGUAACAAUUAAUGAGUUUGAUGAUAAUUCAAUGUAUACAAUAUUUUCCAGGAUUUUAGACUGGCAUUUCACAAUAAGAUAUAACUUCCCAAAUGAAUAUAUUGCUUUAACACCACAAAUUAUACAUGGCACAAUGGCUAUAUAUAAAGAAGCAAUGAAGAAUCUUUUACCCACUCCAGCCAAGUCUCACUACUUGUUCAACCUACGGGACUUCUCUCGUGUAAUUCAAGGAAUCUGCCUGUCACGUCCCGAAACUUCAGAAUCUCCAUCAAUGAUUAAACGUCUUUGGGUCCAUGAGGUCCUCAGAGUUUACUAUGACCGUCUAGUGGAUAAUACAGACCGAGCCUGGAUUGUUGGAUACAUUGAAGAAGUAGUUAAAAGUCAUAUGCGUGAGAACUUCCACCAACUAUUCCAGCAUCUAGAUAUUAAUGGUGAUGGUAAAGUUGAAGAGGAUGACUUGCGUAGUUUAAUGUUCUGUGAUUUUCACGAUCCCAAAAGGGAAGAUACCAAUUACAGGGAAAUCCAUGAUGUUGAUCAACUACGUUUUGUUGUGGAAAGUCACCUGGAAGAAUUUAAUAAUAUUAGUAAGAAACCAAUGAACCUUGUUUUGUUCCGGUUUGCUAUUGAGCAUAUAUGCAGGAUCUCCCGUAUUAUGAAGCAGCCUCGUAGCCAUGCGCUUCUGGUUGGCGUUGGAGGCAGUGGACGGCAGUCUGUAACUAGAUUAGCAGCACAAAUGGCAGACUAUAGACUAUUCCAGGUAGAAAUUUCUAAAAGCUAUGGUAAUAAUGAAUGGCGUGAGGACCUAAAGCUAAUUCUGAAAAGAUCUACAGAGGGUGAAAUGCAUGGGGUCUUUUUGUUCACUGAUACUCAGAUAAAAAAAGAAUCGUUUUUAGAAGAUAUUAACAAUUUGCUAAAUGCGGGUGAGGUACCCAAUCUAUUUGCAGCUGAUGAGAAGCAAGAAAUUUGUGAACGCAUGAGGCAAAUAGAUCGUCAGCGGGAUAAAACAAAGCAAACUGAUGGUAGUCCACUUGCUCUUUUUAACUUGUUUAUUGAAAGAUGUCGAAAUCAGCUCCAUGUCAUCCUUGCAAUGAGUCCUAUUGGAGAUGCAUUUCGUAACCGUCUGCGCAAAUUUCCAGCUCUUGUUAACUGUUGCACAAUUGACUGGUUUCAGACCUGGCCUGAAGAUGCACUGCAGGCUGUUGCCAGCCGCUUUCUGGAAGACAUUGAAAUGUCAGAAGAAAUCCGCAAUGGCUGCAUCGAAAUGUGCAAAAGUUUUCACACCUCUACAAUUAAUUUGUCUGAAAAGUUUCGCACUGAACUUCAGAGAUAUAACUACGUGACUCCCACAUCAUACCUGGAAUUAAUCUCCACAUUUAAAACUUUACUGGAAAAGAAACAAACGGAAGUUAUGAAAAUGAAAAGAAGGUAUGAGGUUGGUUUGGAAAAGUUGGAAUCUGCUUCUUCACAAGUGGCUUCAAUGCAGAGUGAAUUAGAAGCUCUCCAGCCUCAAUUGAAGGUUGCCAGCAGAGAAGUUGAUGAAAUGAUGAUAGUAAUUGAAAGAGAAUCCAUUGAGGCAGCCAAAAGAGAAAAAAUUGUAAAAGCUGAUGAAGCUGUGGCUAAUGAACAAGCAAUGGUAGCCAAGGCAAUUAAAGAUGAAUGUGACAGUGAUCUGGCACAGGCACUGCCAAUUCUAGAGUCAGCUCUGGCAGCACUGGACACUCUCACUGCCCAGGACAUCACAGUGGUGAAAUCAAUGAAGAGCCCUCCUGCUGGUGUAAAACUUGUUAUGGAGGCAAUUUGCAUUUUAAAAGGAGUCAAGCCUGACAAAAUUCCUGACCCUUCUGGCUCUGGAAGAAAAAUUGAAGAUUUCUGGGGACCUGCAAAAAGAGUUUUGGGUGAUAUGAAAUUCCUUCAGUCACUUCACGAUUAUGACAAGGAUAACAUUCCAGCAUCAUACAUGAGUAUCAUAAGGAAGCAAUACAUCACAAAUGCCGAAUUUGUUCCUGAUAAGAUCAGAAAUGCUUCUACAGCAGCAGAGGGUUUGUGCAAAUGGGUGGUUGCCAUGGAUUCCUAUGAUAAGGUAGCAAAAGUAGUAGCUCCAAAAAAAAUAAAGCUGAAUCAGGCGGAAAGUGAACUAAAGACUGCAAUGGAUGGCUUGAGAGCGAAACAAGCAGAUUUGAAGGAAGCACAGGAUAAAUUGGCAAAACUUGAAGAAACUCUCAAUGAAAACAAACAAAAGAAAGCAGAUCUUGAGAAUCAGGUUGAUCUGUGCAGCAAAAAAUUGGUUCGUGCAGAGCAGCUAAUUGGCGGAUUAGGUGGUGAGAAAACUCGGUGGAGCCUAACAGCAGUUGAGUUGGGAAAACUUUGCAUAAAUCUCACUGGAGAUAUUCUCAUUUCAGGUGGGAUAGUGGCUUACCAAGGAGCAUUCACAUCUAGCUAUAGACAGAUGCAAACAAAAGAAUGGACUUCACUUUGCAAAGCAAAGAAUAUACCUUGCUCUCAAGACUUUUCCCUCACGGAUACAUUAGGAGAGCCUGUAAAAAUCAGAGCAUGGAAUAUUGCUGGUCUCCCAUCAGACAGCUUCUCAAUUGACAAUGGAAUCAUCAUUUCAAACGCAAGACGCUGGCCUUUGAUGAUUGAUCCACAGGGACAAGCAAAUAAGUGGGUGAAGAAUAUGGAAAAGGCCAACAGUCUACAUAUAAUUAAGCUAAGUGACCCUGACUUUGUAAGAACCUUGGAAAACUGCAUCCAGUUUGGAACUCCUGUGUUGCUGGAAAAUGUUGCAGAAGAACUGGAUCCUAUUUUGGAGCCUCUAUUGCUAAAGCAGACAUUUAAACAAGGAGGCAGUAUAUGCAUACGACUUGGUGACUCCACUAUUGAAUAUGCUCCCGAUUUCAGGUUUUACAUUACAACCAAGCUGAGAAAUCCUCAUUAUUUGCCAGAAACCUCUGUUAAGGUGACAUUGUUAAAUUUUAUGAUCACGCCUGAAGGGAUGCAGGAUCAGCUGCUGGGGAUUGUUGUAGCUCGAGAAAGGCCAGAUCUGGAAGAGGAGAAACAAGCACUGAUACUUCAGGGGGCUGAGAAUAAAAGGCAGCUAAAGGAAAUUGAAGACAAGAUAUUAGAAGUACUUUCAUCUUCAGAAGGAAACAUCUUAGAAGAUGAAACUGCCAUUAAAAUAUUGUCUUCCUCCAAGGUUCUGGCAAAUGAAAUCUCUGAGAAGCAAGCUGUGGCUGAGGAAACCGAGAGAAAGAUUGAUGAAACUCGAAUGGGCUACCGUCCGAUCUCAGUUCAUUCUUCAAUUCUGUUUUUUUCCAUUGCAGAUUUAGCCAACAUUGAACCCAUGUACCAAUACUCUCUAGCAUGGUUUAUUAAUCUUUUUAUCAUGUCAAUAGAUAACUCAGAGAAGUCUGAAAAUCUACAGACAAGGCUCCAGAUUUUGAAGGAUCAUUUUACAUAUUCACUAUACAGCAAUGUAUGCCGUUCACUAUUUGAAAAGGACAAGUUGCUAUUUUCUUUCGGCUUAACUGUAAAUCUUUUGAAGUAUGAUAAACUGGUUGAUGAUGAUGAAUGGAAAUUUUUGUUAACUGGUGGUAUUGGACUGGAUAAUCCUCAUUCCAAUCCUUGCACAUGGCUACCUCAGAAAUCAUGGGAUGAAAUAUGUCGCUUAGAUGACUUGAAAGUAUUUAAAGGUAUUCGAAAGGAUUUCUUGAGACUCAAAGAUGGAUGGAAGGCAGUUUAUGAUAGUUUGGAACCACACCAUGAGGCUUUUCCUUCUGAGUGGCAAGAAAAAGUGGGUCAGUUCCAAAGGAUGCUCAUCAUCCGAUGCCUUAGGCCUGACAAAGUUAUUCCAAUGGUGCAAGAAUUUGUGACUGAAAAAUUGGGACGACCAUUUAUUGAACCCCCUCCAUUCGAUCUCUCCAAGGCAUUUGGUGAUAGUCACUGCUGUGCUCCACUCAUUUUUGUUUUGUCUCCUGGUGCUGAUCCAAUGGCAGCUCUAUUAAAAUUUGCAGAUGACCAGGGCUUUGGGGGUUCGAAGCUAAGCUCCUUAUCUCUUGGCCAAGGACAAGGUCCAAUAGCCUUAAGUAUGACAGAAAAGGCCAUUAAAGAGGGAAGCUGGGUAGUUCUUCAAAACUGCCACUUAGCUACAUCAUGGAUGCCAAUGCUAGAAAAAGUCUGUGAGGAGCUUAAUCCUGAGACUACACAUCCAGAUUUCCGCCUUUGGCUUACAAGUUAUCCAUCACCAAACUUCCCUGUGUCUGUACUGCAGAACGGUGUGAAAAUGACUAAUGAGGCACCCAAAGGUUUGCGUGCUAAUAUCAUUCGCUCAUACCUGAUGGAUCCUAUCUCUGAUCCAGAGUUUUUCAGUAGCUGCAAAAAAAUGAUGGAGUUCAAGAAAAUGCUGUUUGGUCUGUGCUUCUUCCAUGCUUUGGUUCAAGAAAGAAGGAAAUUUGGUCCUUUGGGAUGGAAUAUUCCCUAUGAAUUCAAUGAGACAGAUAUGAGGAUCAGUGUUCAACAACUGCACAUGUUUCUAAAUCAAUAUGAGGAGGUACCUUAUGAUGCAGUACGAUAUAUGACUGGGGAGUGUAACUAUGGAGGACGAGUAACUGAUGACUGGGAUCGUCGAACUCUGCGCAGCAUUUUAAAUAAAUUUUACACCCCUGAUAUUAUUAACCCAGAUUACAAAUUUGACUCCAGUGGCUUAUAUUAUGCACCAUCCGAUGGAGAUUACAACCACUACAUUGAGUAUACCAAGAAUCUUCCACUGAACCCAUCUCCUGAGAUCUUUGGGAUGAAUGCUAAUGCUGAUAUCGCAAAGGAUCAGGCAGAAACCCAGCAACUGUUUGACAAUAUUCUUCUUACUCAGUCACGUGCAUCAGGUGGUGGAGCAAAGUCAUCAGAUGAAGUUGUAUAUGAAGUAGCUGCAGAUAUCUUAAGCAAACUGCCCGUGAAUUUUGAUACUGAAGCUGCAAUGAGAAAAUAUCCAACCACCUACACCCAAAGUAUGAACACUGUGCUUGUCCAAGAAAUGGGGAGAUUUAACAAGUUACUGUUCACCAUCAGAGACUCUUGCAUCAACAUACAGAAAGCAAUAAAGGGAUUGGUGGUUAUGUCUUCUGAGCUAGAAGAGGUAGUGGUCAGUAUCCUCAAAGGCAAGAUUCCUGGGAUGUGGAUGAAGAAAUCAUAUCCAAGCCUCAAACCUCUCGGCAGUUAUGUUAAUGACUUCCUUGCAAGAUUAGCAUUUUUACAGGACUGGUAUGAGAAUGGAACGCCUCCAGUGUUCUGGAUGUCCGGUUUCUUCUUCACACAAGCCUUUCUCACAGGAGCCCAACAGAAUUAUGCCCGAAAAUACACUAUUCCCAUUGACUUGCUGGGCUUUGACUUUGAGGUGUUAGAUGAUAAGGAAUACAAGCAUGCACCUGAGGAUGGUGUUUAUAUUCGUGGCUUGUUUCUGGACGGAGCGCGUUGGGACAGAAAAACAAAAAAACUGGGAGAAUCUUUUCCGAAGAUGCUUUAUGACACAGUACCUGUGAUGUGGUUAAAGCCAUGUAAAAGAUCAGACAUCCCUCAAAAACAGUGUUACCUUGCUCCAGUGUACAAAACCAGUGAAAGAAGAGGCACCUUAUCCACAACAGGACACUCAACUAACUUUGUGAUUGCAAUGACACUCGUAACUGACAAACCAAAGGAACACUGGAUAGGAAGAGGUGUUGCCUUAUUAUGUCAACUGAACUCUUAAUCUGAAAACUGCUGAACACACGUAAUAUUUUAUAAGCUUCUUUAUACCAAAGUUGCUGCAUUGGCGUUUAAGUAAACGGUAAAAUAAAAAAAGAAAAUGACUGUGGACUUUGAUGAUUUUAUUUUACCUCUGACAUGUUUAUAAUGAACAAUCUGUACAGCUAAUGAAUUCAGUUCUAUUGACAAGAAACACGACUGCUGAUCAUUUUAACAGGAUGACAAAAUUGCUUUGAACUAAACAUUUUCUAAAGGGUAUGCAGGCAGUUCUGCCGUUAUAACAGAUUACAAUCACAUUUACAGACAAUGAUAAUGAGAACAGUAAUUCAUUGCAUCUAAAUACUAUCUGUCAAAGCGCGACAAUGAAACAGUUACAAUGUGAGCGACAUUAUUUCAAUCCGAUGUCA